AUGUCUUCCAAACGCCCUAGAGAAGAAACUGCUGCUGAGGGCAAGCCUCAAAAGAAACAGAAGUCUACAGGCUUUUCCGUUGGGCCCGCAAAUCUCCCAGAUGGCACCUACCGAAGAAAAACCCAAAAGAUAAAAAAGGACCUUAUUGCAAAAGCUAAGGUGAAAAAGGCCUAUGCAAAAGUCAAAGCUCAAGAGAAAGAGGAGGAACAGAAUCAUCCAACCUACCUUGAGUCUACUGGCGAGACAGUCGAGCCAACACCCGCUACUCUUGAACUCCAUCCUGAUCGACAAGCGAUGGUGGACGCAAGUCUCGCACGUGAAUCCGAAUUUGAACAAAGAAGAAAUGCCUCCUCCCGAGAAUCACGCCCCCGUGUCCGUCAGCCGAAACAGUCACGAUAUCAAAAGGAAAUAGAGCUGGGUGUACAAAGGAGAGCACAGAUUGAGUCACAUAAGCAGGAUGCCGAGGCACGACACAAAGAUCGCAAAGCUAUGGCCAAAGCGAAACGUCCUACCAAAGAUGGAAAUCUUAAGCUGGGUCGGCAGAGCACAGUCCUAUUAAGCCGUAUUCAAAGAUUGGCCAACCAAGGGAAUCUGUGA